AUGUCACAAACUCCAAGUUCAAAUGCUGGUCUGCAUGAUAUAAUUAUGGAAGAAUCUCCUCCUGCGUAUACACCAUAUCCAAAUUCAGGAGAGCAGUCAAUGGCAUUUGGCCCAAAUCGACCUUUUGGUAAUAAUGCAACACAAAAUACUCCUCAACAACAACAGAAUAAUUAUCAAACAACUUCAAACCAGAAUACAUAUCAACCACAACCACAAUUUCAUCAACCACAAUUCCAUCAACCACAAUUUCAUCAACCACAAUUUCGUCAACCACAAUUUCAUCAACCACCAUUACAUCAACCACUUUUGCAAAAUUACAACCCUCAAUAUCAUGGUUAUAAUAAUAAUUUAGCUCAUGGGGUUACAAGACCUAUUAAUACUGCUAUUCCUAUCAAUACUCAAGUUAUUACAACACCUUUUCGUUAUAUAACAAAUCAAAUCAAUCAAUUUGCUUCAACAAGAGUUAAUAACGAUUUUGUACAAAUGGCACGUCCACAAAAUAAUGUAAUAUAUGUAAAGCCCGGUGAUCCUUCAAUUGGAGGAUUUUUAUGUCCAAAAUGUCAAGGAUUAGGAAAAUUAAGCAAUAAGCAAUUAUGUAAUAAAUGUCAGGGUAUUGGAAGACUUUUCAAUUAA